AUGGCCGCUGCCAAUGCAAAUCCACCUGCCCAAUAUUUUACCUCGCUCGCCCGCAACUAUGGUCGCCAAACUGGCAACUCAACUCGUGCCUUAUUUUCCUCAAUUUAUGGGCGCAUCAAACCGACGAUAACCUCAUCGUCAGUAGUUCACGACAAUGCAGGUGGUGUCGGUACUGCCACAUCAGUCAUUCUCGACAAUCUCGCCCCCACGUCUCGGGACGACAUUCCAGAGAUCCUGAUUACUGACAAUAACCCUGGGAUGAUUGCAGCAGCAAAGGAGGCUUUCAGGGAGAUGAACGCCAAAACCACUGCCAUCGAAGCGGAUUCACAGGAUCUAAGCACUAUCCCCAACGGGAAAUUUACCCACUCGAUUCUCAACUUCUCGGUGUUUCUUUUCCCAGAUGCGCUUGGAGCAUUGCGCGAGAUCCAUCGUACUCUCCAGCCGGAUGGGGUCGCAGUGCUUCUUACAUGGAAGCGAUUCGGAUUUGGGGCAACUAUCCAUGCCGCACAGAGACUUGUUCGCCCUGAUCUACCGCAGAUGCCAAUUCCCGGUUCACACUUCAUGAAUGAGGGUGUGUUGGUCGAACUGGUCAUCAAAGCUGGAUUCAGCGCGGUAAAGGUGCAAGUGGAGCGAGAUGAAACCGUCAGAAAAGCCGGGGACCUUGAGGGAAUGAAAGAGUUCAUGUUAGCCGAUUUCUCGAAGAUGGCGACGAGAGGCUGGACCGAUGAAGAUAUGGGAAGAUGGCCCGCGGCUGUUGAUGAGGCCAUUCAAAGAGAGGUUGAAGAAUAUGGGGGUAUUCGAUUCGAAGCUUGGACUGUGAUUGCUCAUAAGUAG